AUGGCAUCAAGCAGCUCGCAUGUGGCAGUACCACCACCGGCUGCGGAUGGCGCAGCGCCGGCACGCACCACUCGUCCAUCGUGGCAAGGCGCAGUGGCUGGCGGCGCAGGCGGGUGCGGCGCGGCGCUCAUCACGCACCCGGUGGAGCUGCUCAAGGUCCGCAUGCAGCUCUGGGGCGAGCUCGGCAAGACGACCGCCACAGCAGCCACCAGUGCCCGUGCAUCGUCAUUAGCACCAUCAUCAUCAUCAUCAUCAUCAUCAUCGUCGUCGUGUGGCGUCCUCGGAUUCUACCAGGGCCUGGGUGCCUCCCUCCUGCGCCAAGCAGUCUACACGAGCGCAAGGUUUGGCUUCUAUGCCCAGUACAAGGAUCUUGUCGCGCCUUGGUUUGCCAGUCCCGCGACGGUGACAGAGGGUCGGAAUGACGGCAAAAAAUCAACACGAGCGACGCAGGGCUUGCCAAUCUACGCACAGAUCGCAGGCAGCAUUCUGUCGGGCGUUGGAGGUGCGACACUCAGCUGUCCUGCAGAUGUAGUGCUGGUUCGAAUGCAAGCAGAUGGUCAGCUGCCGGUAGCGCAGCGAAGAAACUACUCCAACGUGCUCAACGGCAUCUACCGGAUAGCGCGCGAAGAAGGCGUUCUGGGUCUCUACCGCGGCGUUGGACCGAGCAUGUACCGCGCAGCCACUGUGACGACCACCCAGAUGGUGUCGUAUGAUAUGUGCAAGGACUUUUUGCUGAGCACCCCAUCCCUCGGCCUCAAGGACAAUGUCACAACCCAUCUCCUCUCUGGCCUGUGUGCGGGCGUCGUCACAACCAUGAUUGCAUCACCCGUCGAUGUGAUUCGCACGCGCUACAUGAACUCCAUGAACGCUGUGCCUCAGACGCAAGGCACCGCAAUCACGACAGCGUACAAAUCAGCCAUCGACUGCAUGAUCAAGACGGUACGAACAGAAGGCCUCCGUGCGCUUUACAAGGGCUCGCUCAUUUACUGCGUGCGCGUGGUACCGCAUGUAACGUCCAUGUUUUUGAUUGUUGAAACUGCCCACCGCGCUAUGGAUGGCUUGCGGGACCGCCAAACCGUCAACGAUCGGUGA